AGACCACCAUCGGGAAGGACUAUAGGCUGAGUCACUGACUGUUUCCAUCUUGCUCCUAUUGAUUGAAUUUAAGUGUGAAGAAAUUUUCUUCCCCUUUGGGGCUGAUCCAGGGCUACUUUUAUGGCAUGUGAAAAUAUAGCCAGAUGUUGCCAAAGUGCAAAUGAAAGGAGUCAUGUAACUCAACAAUUUCUCCCCAUCUUGAGUAACAUUGUAAAAAUAAUAUUUUCUUCUUUAGCAGGGAUUCUUGGUGUGCAACAGGAACCUUUAAUCCAGACAGCUUUUGCCAAUGAACAGAUUAAUGCAAGCUGCAAUGUUAUUUUUCCUUAUAAAAAAGAAUAUUUAGAUUUCGUUAUUAGUUAUUUCCGGAUUAAUUCAAAAGGCAAAGAAACCCUCGUCAAUAGCACUAAGAUCUCCGAAACGAUUUGUUCCAAAUGUGAGAACAAGACAGCGACAAAGAAUUAUACACUUUAUAUCAAACCUAUUAAUCAUACCUCUGUUACUGCAACCUACUACUGCAAAGCUGACUGGAAGAAUGCAAACAUUGAUGUGCAAAAGGGAGCUGGGACAUUUAUCCUUUUUAGAGACAUAGGCUACAGAGAGCCCUCUAUUGCCAUGUGGAUAUGCCUCAUUGUCAUUAUCAUUAUUCUGGCAGUUUUGAGCAUCAUGGGAACAGUCUUCUUAUUCUGGAAAAGAAAGGUGGUGUGUCCUGAGAGGAGCCAAGUCAAGAAGUGCCCCGAUCAGGGGCCACAACCUAAACACCCUUCAGGCAACUUGGAGCCUCCUGAGUCCACCUACAUGGACUUGGAAGCCCAUCAGUCUGAUGUCUAUUUCGUCAUUGAGAAUGAAGGCAACCCAUCACAUACAAAGAUUCUUGCAGCUCAGAUGUCUCAGCAGGGAACACAAGGAGAAAUCUAUGAUAAUGUGUAUGAAAACUUCUAACGGGAGAGACUAUACCACACAACUCUACCUCCCUGCACAGCUCAAAAGGAAAUCCUGGAUUCCUGCCUUAGUUAAGCAUGGAGCAAAUGCACUGUUGUAUAAAGCAAAAUGACCUUUUGAUCUUGGUACAAGCAAUCUUGGUCCAAAUCAAUACCCUAGGAAGACACUGCAGAGCAUCCCAAUAUUGUUCCUAUGCAGCCUACCAGAUUCCACUCCGUGGUAUGAAUGCUUUUUGCUGAACAACAUUUGCUCAUAAAGUGGAAAUAGGAACAUGAAGCAAGAAGAGAGAGAGAGAGAUGUACAAACAAAGCUGGAAUCUUCUCAGCCUGCCUACACGAUCUGUAAAUUCAAUUCUAGGGAUGCUUGUUUAGAGAGCAGUACUCAGUAGUACUAAGUACUACUACUUACCGUGAAGAAGUACAACAUCACAGAAUCCAGAAAUAAUAUUUACAAAGUGUUGCUGACGACUAUGAAAUGUAGCUUUCCUGACUUUAACUGGCUUUAAUUACACUUGGUAACUGAAAGCAUAUUGGUGAUGGGACUAAUUUCUUAAAGAUGUGAAUGCACUUUAUUAUUUCACACUUCUAGUAAUGUAUAAGACUCCAUAACAUAAUGAGGUCGUUCUCACGACCGUGGUUGGUAGGUAGGGCGGAGACAGUCUCCCCACCCUUCCAGGCUCUGCCACUUGCCCGAUACAUGAUUGGGUGAUUCCCCUGCUGCCGGGCAGAGGUGCAGCUAGGUAAUUUUGGAGCCUGGACCUAAAGACCUUUGGACAGAUGAACAGCCUUGCUGGAUAGGUUGUACAAAUCCAAGUAGGGCUGCUCACGUGAACAGCCUCAAUAAGUGGUUCCCAUACUCCCUGCUAUGGAGAUCUCUUUAUGUGCUACAGUUUAUUAUCUGGUUGAGGGGGGGAACAAUAUAAAAUGCUCAAUUAAAUUCAUUGACUAAUUUGAUUUAAGCAGUUAAUUAAAAAUAUUGGCCAAUAUUGUCAAUAUGACAUUCAAGCUGAGUUGCAGGUAUCUUCCAGUCUUAGACAAUGGAAUGUAUUUGGGAGAAUAGAGGCUUACUAAGGUUGUAGACCCAAGAUGUGUUUAGGUUUUAAAGCAGAGUCGUCUAAAAGACUAUUAUCUUAUUAUUACCUUUUUCAACAACAAAACUUUUAAAAAGAAGUGUGUACCUUUAUCAACCAAAUAUUUUCUUUUGUGAUCAGUAAAUUACAUACCUUGGCCGAUUUAUUCUGGA